AUGCAUUCAUAUGGAUUAUUUUCAGCUUCUGAGAAAAAUAUUCAACAGCACAAACCAAUUCCUUUGCAAAAUGUUAAAGUUUCGGCGAAAGUUAUUGACGUGAUUUCCGAAGUAACAAUUUACCAGACUUAUAAAUACGCUGAAUCUAAUCAAAGUCAAGCGAUUUAUAAAUUCCCGAUUCUCCCUUCUUCGGCAAUUUGUGAUUUUGAAGUUAAAGUUGAUGAUCGAGAAAUCAAAGGAAUUGUUGAAGAAGCUGAACAAGCUACUAAAGAAUAUGAAGAAGCGUUGAAGAAUGGAAAUAUUGCAUGUACGAUUGAAGAUCAAUCUCCCGAUUUAUUUUAUUGUUUUGUCGGUACAAUAUUACCCGGUCAAACAAUCGAAAUUAAAUUAAUCUAUGUCUCGGAACUUCAACAAGACACGAAAUCAGAAGGAAUUCGAUUUACCCUUCCAACAGCAAUCGCACCAAAAUACAAUCAUUAUUCUUUAGAAAAACAGCUUGAAGGAAAAAAUUUUGAACUUGAAAAUAAUUUAAACGAAUGUGAGUUGGAAAGUUGUAAAAUAGAAAUAUCGGUGACGUGUAGAAUGACAUCAGUUAUCACCAGUAUCGAGUCACCCACUCAUGCAACUAUAUCUGAAGUUGAUACUAAUAAUGUGAGGUUAGCUAGAGUUGAUUUAAAUGAAAAAAUUGGUUAUUUGGAAAAUGAUUUCGUUCUCGUGUUUUCAAGUCAAGGAUUAGAUAAACCGAGAGCAUUGGUUGAAUAUAAUUCAAGCACUGAUACGAAUUGUGUCAUGCUCACUCUGGUACCGCAGUGUGUGCCUUACACGGGAGAGACCGAAUUUAUCUUCAUCGUUGACGUAUCAUUUAGCCAGACAUUAAGAAAAUGUAUGAAAGCAUUGGAAUUAGCGAUUUAUUCGCUUCCCGAAAAUUCCCUUUUCAAUAUCAUAUCACAAAAUACAUAUCUUUUUCCCGAUGAGAAUAAACGUUCAAACAUUCCGAAAAAUAUAUUUUACAUAACGAAUUCUUAUUUAAUUAUACACCAAUUCGAACAGCUUGUGGAACUGUUCCAACAGCAAAGAACAAUCAAUGACGAAUCAAAUUUUUUUACAUUAUUCAUUGGAGAUGAUAAUAGCAAUGAUAUUUGUAAUAGUUUUGAAUCUUUAACCAAAUUAGGAAAGGGUUAUUCAAUGUUUACUAAAUGUAAUGACGCAUUUGAAAUAAAGUUAAUUUCAAUCGUGAAAAAUUCUUUGGAAAUCCCUUUAACCGAUUAUGAAUUUCAUUUGGAAGAUCCAGAAAACAUUGAAUCUAGUCAUCACCUUGAUAAUUCCACUUAUAUCAUCCCUAAUAAUGAAGAUUAUGUUGAAGAUAAUCAUGAAGAAUCUAGUCAUCAACUUGAUAAUUCCAUAUUCCUCAUUCCUAAUAUAUCCCAUAACAAUAACCAUCAAAGACCUGUACUUCAACAAGUUCCUGCAGAAAUUCCUUUAAUUUAUAAUAAGCAAAAUUCAGUAGUUUACUUUCUUCUAGAGAAAGGAAUUAAACCUCCUAAAGUGAUAUCUGUCAAGGCAAAAUUUCAAGAUUUAGUUCAAUUUCAUGUGACGUUAGAUCCACGUGCUCUUAAGUUAAAAUUUAUUCAUACCUUGGCCGCAAAGAAAUUCAUUGAAGAAAAUCAAGGGAAGCCUUCUGUUGGUUCAAAUCCAAAGAUCAAGGAUCAGGUUAUAUCAUUAGGUAAAAUGUAUAAUUUAAUUUCAACUUACACAAGUUUUUUGGCCAUUAAUAAACGGGGCGAAUCUUCAACUUCGAAAGAAUUUAACAAUCAUCCCAUUUCAAUCUUUCAUUAUCACAAACCAAAUUAUAAUUCAUCCACAUAUUUUAAUUUUAAGGAUUUCACGAAAAAAAAUUUUCCACCUUCUUAUACACCGAUAUCAACAUCAUCCGAAUUAAUUGAUUUACAGAAUUUAAAUACACAAUCCGGUUUAUUAUCAAGAUGUACCGACAAUUUAACAAACCUAAUUUCAAAUCCGGUAUUAUUUGUAAAAGAUAGUGUAGAUGAAGUUAUGAAUAAAUAUUCAGAUGAAAAGUUAACGUUAGGUAUAAGGCACAAACAUCCGAUUUACUAUUUAGGUAAUGGGAUGGUUAAUUCUGGUUCUGCGGCUUAUCAGGUUGCGAGAAAAUUUGAACGUUUUCCCAUAUUUGGCGGAUUAUUUGUUAAACCUGUGGUAAGGUUUAUUGAUGAGUCUGUUGUAAAAAAGUCAAGGGAAGAAUUAAACGUUGAGGAAUUUGAUAAACAUUUUAAAGAGAAUCUUUUUGAAUCACAUGAAGAAAUGGUUAAUCCGAGAGUCGUUCACGUAGAAACUUUAUUUAGUUUUUUGAAAUUAUUUUCCUUUGAUGGAACAAUCUUGGACGAGAGUAGGUUUUAUGAAUUUUUUGGGAAAGAAUUUAAGGAAGAAUCUAUCAUGUGUUAUCAUAAAUCCGAAAAAGCUCUUAAGCAGAUGAUCAAAGUUGAGGAUUAUGAAGAUUUCGAUGAGAAAUAUAAUGAAUUAUUAGAGAAAGCUCGUGAAUGGAUAAAACUAUGGUUAGAUAAUGUCUAUUGGCAUUAA